GGCAGGCAAAGUGUAAGUGAGUCUUUAGAGUUCACAUUGAACUUGGUGAGGUGGCUGAUCAGGGAAAAAAGACGGAGGGAGAAAGUUCAACAAAUGCAACUGAAAGAUAAAAAAAUAAAUGCAAGUAAGAAACAGCCUUAACAGACUUCGAAAACCCAGAAUUUACACCAUCUUGUUCUAAUUUUUUGACUUUCAAGAGAGAAAAUGGUGAGCUACGACAUGAUCAUUUUCACUGGCAAUCUAGCCUUUGCCACCACUUUUAACAACAUCUACAUUAAGCUGGUUGGCACAGCUGGAGAGAGCAAACGUACACAUCUCAAAAGGCUGACACCAUCUUUUUACAGAGGCGCAGUGUCACACUUUACUGUAUCAUGUCCAACCUCCCUUGGAAAGCUGGUGCUGAUAGAGUUAGACAAACAGAAAAAGUUUCACAAAGAUUCUUGGUAUCCUGCCAAAGUGGAAGUGACCUCCCCCGAAGGAGACACCUACCACUUCCCUGUGUACCACUGGAUCAUUGACAACGAGGUGCACCAUUUCAGAGAGGGGACAGCUCUCAGAAUCUUUGAAGACAACAACAGCCUUCUGGGUGAGUACAGUCGGCAGCAGGAGCUCGAGCAACAGCGGAGAAUAUAUUGCUGGGAUGUGUAUAAAGAUGGACUUCCCCACUGCAUGAAAGCAGAGAGUCUUCUGUCUCUACCCUGUGACAUACGCUUCUCUUUGACUAAGACUAUAGAAACAGCCUACACUGCAGUCACAGCACUAACAGAGCUGGAACUGUUAGAGAUAGCUGAGUGUAAGAAAACAUUUGAUUGUAUUGAGGAUAUUAGUCACCUGCUGUGGAUUCAUCGGACAGAAGUAUCAGAUUAUGUCAUACAACACUGGAAGGAAGACUCUUUUUUUGGCUACCAGUUUCUAAAUGGUGCCAACCCCUUGUUGAUCCGGCGCUGUACAGAACUGCCGGAGAACUUUCCUGUCACUGAGGACAUGGUCUUUCUCCAUGGUCAGCAUAGUUUAGCAGAUGAAAUGAAGAAUGGCAACAUCUUCCUGUGUGACUACAAGAUUUUGGAUGGAGUGCAGACAAACACCAUCAAUGGAAAGAAACAGUACUUGAUGGCCCCCCUCGUUCUUCUCCAGAAUAUCCAAGAUCAUGAUAAUACCAAUACAACAAGGAUGAUGCCAAUUGCUAUUCAGCUGAAGCAGAAACCAGCAGAGGACAACCCAAUCUUUUUUCCUACUGAUUCUGAGUAUGACUGGUUGAUGGCCAAGAUCUUUGUGAGAAGCGCAGAAUUUAAUCUGUCUGAACUCAGUUCUCAUCUGCUCCGCACUCACCUGCUGGCUGAGGUUUUUACAAUGUCACUGGAGCGCAACCUGCCCAUGGUGCAUCCUCUGUACAAGCUUCUCAUACCUCACACUCGCUACACUCUACAGAUCAACUACUUAGCUCGGGACCUUCUAUUAUCUGAGACCGGAUCUUUUACUAAGUUUACAGCUUCAGGUGGAAAGGGUGCCAUCACAAUCCUGCAGAGAUCACUGGCCUCACUGACCUACAGCUCCCUCUGUAUCUAUGACGAUAUCGCAGAGCGUGGGCUGAAUGAUGUACCACACUUCUACUACAGGAAAUAUGGGUUCAGGCUUUGGGACAUCAUCUACAGUUUUGUCAAAAAGACCCUUGGCCACUACUACAAGUCUGAUGAUGAGGUCCAGCAAGACUCGGAACUACAAAACUGGAUUAAAGAAAUCUUUGAGCAUGGAUUUCUGUCACAGGAAAGCACAGGAAUUCCACAGAAAUUCAGCACUGUGGACGAGAUGGUCAAGUUUGUGACCAUGGUGAUCUUCACUUGCUCUGCUCAGCACUCAGCUGUCAACGCUGGACAGUUCGACUACGGUGGCUUUAUGCCCAACAGUCCUACCUCCUUACAACUUCCCCCACCAACAGAAAAGGGGGCAGCAAGUGAGAAAACGAUGCUGGACACAUUCCCAGAUGUUAACACAACAAUUCAUGGCAUGGCUGUCCUGUGGCUACUCAGCAAGCAGUACUCUGACCGUAUCCUAAUUGGCCAGUAUCCAGAGAAGCACUUUAGUGAGGAGGUUCCUCUCCGGCUGAUAAUUGAUUUCCAAGACGAGCUCAAACAGCUGAGUGAAGAAAUCAGGGUGGAAAACAUGGAGAACAAGAAUUUGUACCUGCCAUAUAAACACUUGGAUCCAAAGGUGAUUGAAAACAGUGUUUCAAUUUGAAUGAUAGGACAUGGGUCCUUCUCCCUCAGCUUAAUAUUAAUAAAAAAAGAGGUGAGGGCAAAGUGUGAGUUAUGAUUUAUAACUAAUCACACUUUAUUUAGCUUUGCUUUACAUCAUAAUCUUAGACCUACUAAUUAUCUUAUCAGUGAAUACAAUUUCAGUUGAAUUCAGUUUUAUUUACACAGCACCAAAUCACAACAACAGUCCUCUCAAGGUACUUUAUCUUGUAAGGUAGACCCUACAAUAGUACAUACAGAGAAAACCCAACAGUCAUAUGACCCCCAUUUUUUGCCUCAACUCAUGGAUGAAUUGAUGUUUUUUACUGAUUACUGUUGCAUUGUGUCUUUUAUAUUUAUAAUAGAGUACAGAGGGCAAAGUGAGGUCUGGUUUAUAACUGAUUCUACUGAUUUAGCUUUUCUUUUAUUUCAUAAUUUAAUCAUAUGCAUAUCAUAACCAAUCAUAUCAUAACCUGCUUCUUAGUUAGUGCAAAGAGAAACAAUUGAAAUUGAAAUGCAGCAGUGAAAGUUUUAUGAACAGGGUUGUUAUUUUCUUUUUGUCAGAUUUUUCUCACUCUGUUGAUCUAUAUUUUUUCUUGUUACAGUGUGUCAUUUAAAUCAGAAAAUUAAUCAUUGUUUACAUUCUGCUUUAAUGGAAAUGUAACCAUACUAUACCCAGACACUGAGACAAUAUAACAGUGUGUAAUGUUGUUUCAUUUAAUCAUCUGAAUAAUGAUCCAAUAAGUAAUUUUAAAAUACUGUGUAACUGCCAUGAUGUGAUCAUAUGUUUUAAACAUUAAACUCAAAGCUUAAAGCACA